AUGCAGCUAACGGUGAAAGUCCACACGCUGGGCAACCAGACUGGGGUGCUGAAUGUCAGUGAGAAUGACUUUGUCGAAUCAGUGAUUUCCAAGUUGGAAAAGAGGUAUGGCAUCCCUGCAGCGCAGCAGCGAGUGCUGUACGAAGGCCUUGAUGGCCGGUGCUCUGACCUGCAUCGUGGCCGCAAGCUCAAGGAGUACAACUUGGCCCACCACGUGCGCUUCAUCCUAGCGAAGGCGUUGCCAGCCAAGCCGAAGGGGUCGGCCCCAGACUAUAGCGCCGAGUGGCAGCCGUCCAGGCGGAGGGCCAAGGUGGGCUUUGUCUUUCUGCAUGUGCCUCCUUUCAUCGCAAAGGGUGAACCGUUUGCCACCCCGUCCUCAGAAGCCUGCGCCGACAUUCAACGAGGCAAUGCCUGGUUUGAUCGUAUCCGUGAACCUCAUAGCUACUUUUGGCAGGUGCAAGAGGCAAUGCGGUUCCCUCGUCUCCUGCACCUCCCAAUCGGCCUGUUCCGCGUGCCAACGAAGAGCCCGGAGGCCGAGAGCUCCGACCACGCAGCCGUCCCACUCCUGGUCGCCGCCGAUUACAGGCUCUGGUGUCUGCACGCCGAAGGCACCUUCAGACUUGCCUUUGGUGGAGCCGCAAGGAUCAUCUCGCGCGGUGAGGGCGGCGACUCCCGGAGCUCCACCUGUGUCGUCCUCUCCAUUCUCGGGCACAGCGGCAGCGUCUCUCUCUUGGCGUCACACGGAUACGUCGCUGCGAUCUACAGCGGGUUGGUCGACUUGGAGUCGGCUCUCAAAGCAGUCUCCAAGGGAUACUUGGCCCACCUGCGAAUGGAGUAUUCUGUGUUGAAUGAGAAGAGAAUCCUCAAGAUGCUGGACACACCAUUCGUCGUACGGCUUCUGGCCACGUACAGCGGCAGAGAGCACGUCUACUUUCUCCUCGAGGCCGCGCUGGGCGGGGAGCUUUUCACCACUUACGAGCGCCUCAAGCUUUAUGGUUCGGAGGAGCACGCACGAUUUUACGUGGCCUGCGUCACAGAGGCGCUGACGCAUCUUCACGAGAAGCACGUGAUCUACCGGGACCUGAAACCAGAGAACCUCCUGCUAGAUGUUCGAGGUUUCUGCAAGGUGACGGACAUGGGACUCGCAAAGAUCACCACAAACGCCACGUUCACGAUGGUUGGAACUCCAGACUAUAUGGCGCCGGAGGUGAUUGAACAAAGUGGACACACCAAGUCUGUCGACUGGUGGACUCUGGGCGUGCUGCUGUUCGAGCUGUUAGCAGGACACGCACCUUUUGAGUCCAAAUCAGGCAAUGCCCAGGAGACCUAUGCCCUCGUAAAGAAGGGCAUUGAGACGGUGCGGUUUCCAGAUUCCGUGAAAAGCGAAGCUGGCGCGUUGGUACGGAAUUUGUGCCACCGGAAUCCGGAUGUGCGUCUCCGCACACCGCAGCUCCGGGACCACAGCUUCUUCCGUGGCUUUAACUGGAAAGGCCUGCAGAAUCUUCAAAUCAAUCCUCCGCUGGUGCCGCAGGUCCGAGGGCCUCGAGACCUGACAAACUUCCGCGACUGCGAGCACGAAGACCCGCAGGCUAUGCCAUACCAGGACACAGGCAGCGGCUGGGACAUCGGCUUUGAGGACGACGUGCUCAGUGUUGGUGCCACAGCAGCAGCCGCGGCUGCGCCAAUGCUGUCCCUCCCGACCUGCGGAGCAACACCGUCGGGAACUCCGCAGCGUGUUCCUGCGGCAGCAAGCAAUGCAUCCAGCCCGGGAUACAGGGCAGCUCCACUCGGCACCUCCCCGCAAGCUCCUCAAGCAGCGCACCCGCAGCAACGGCGCCUGCUGAGUCCCCCUUGCUCACCGCGUGGAACGGCGCAGCGGCCGCAGACAGCGCGGGUGCAGGGCGGGGUUGCCAACGCAGCCCGGAAUGCAUGGCAGGCGCACGCCGACAGGAAGAUGGCAGCUGGCGCAGGAAGCUUCGUCCCGCCCAUCAUUCGCUCUGGCGGUGGCCUCCAGUCACCACCCUCAAGCCCGGUCAUGGGAGGAGGCGACAGCAAAGUGAUGAGUUCUUGA